CACCCAUCUGGCUUUCAUGCCUAAGGGAGAACUAGAACUCAGAGUCCCCCAGUUUCUAGUCCCCCAGCUUAACCAAUACACCAGAUUGGCUCUUAAUGUCUAAUGGGUAGGUUCAGGGGUUGGGGGUGGGUGAAACAGACAUCAGGCCUGUUAAUCUUCUUGCUGUGUGGGUCUAGACUGGCACUUCUCUCAUCUUCCAAAGAUAACAUUAUAGUCACAGCAGCUUUUACAUGCUUCUCCAGUCCAGGCAGCUGGGCAAUAUGGAAACGUCAUUCUGCAUAUCUACCCAACAUCAGGUUGGAGAAGGAAGUAUAUAAAGAUGUAUACAGGAGGCGUGAGCUCAUUGGCUGAGCAGAUAGCCAAUCAGCUUCAAAGGAAAGACCAGCCUAAAACCCUUCUAGACAAGAAGGAACUGGGUUCAUUAAAAAAAGAAUUCCCCCCCAACGUUGGAGGCAGUGAUGUCUGUUACUUCUGCCACAAGCGGGUCUACGUGAUGGAGAGGCUCAGUGCUGAAGGCAAAUUCUUUCACCGCAGCUGCUUUAAAUGUGAAUACUGUGCAACCACUCUGCGCUUGUCAUCCUAUGCCUACGAUUUGGUGGAUGGAAAAUUCUACUGCAAACCUCACUACUGUUACAGGCUUUCAGGUUAUGCCCAGAGGAAGAGACCAGCAGUGGGUCCUCUGUCAGGAAAGGACAACAAAGGGAUUGUACAGGACAGCAUGGCAGCUGAUGGUGCAGGGCGUGCAAACUCCAUCUCAGCGUCAUCAGAGAAGACCCCAGCUCCCAACGUAAAUGGCCUAGAGGAACCCAGUCUUGCUAAGAGACUGCGUGGCACACCAGAACGGAUUGAAUUGGAGAACUAUCGGCUCUCAGUACAACGGGAAGAAGACUUGGAAGAAGUGCCAGAGGAGACCUUGGCAGAACACAACCUCAGUAGCGUGCUAGACAAAGGAACAGAAGAGGAUGUACCCAGCAGUAGUUCAGAAUCUGAAAUGGAGGAGGAAGAAGAGGAGGAAGAGGAAGAGGAGACAGCAGAGCAGCCCAGGCAACCUACCUCUGAUCUGGGUGGUGUUCCUUGGAAAGAGGCUGUGCGAAUACAUGCCAUGUUGAAGGGGAAGAGUGAGGAGGAACUGGAGGCUGAGAAAAACCAUGAUAAUGAAGAAGAGGAGGAAGAGGAGGAAGAGGAGGAAGAAGAGGAAGAAGAAGUCUCUAGCGAAGAGGGAGAGUAUUACCCUUGGGAGAGAGAACUUCAGCAAGGCCUCUGGCUUCAACGUCUUACAAACGAAGAGGACACGGGUACAUUUAAAG